AUGCCCUUCGACAAGCUUCCACAUGAGCCCACCAUCGCCCUCCGCCCAAUCAAAGUCUCCAUCCCCCAAGCGGAGGUGGACGAUCUCCAGUCUCGGCUACGCAGUACCCGGCCGUUCAAGCGGACAUUUGAGAACUCGCGCAAGGAUGAGUACCACGGUGUCAAUCUAGGGUGGAUGGAGGAGGCGCUCCGGAUCUGGAAGGACGAGUACAGCUGGCGUGAUACAGAGAAGGAGAUCAACUCUCACUCCAACUAUAUUGCCGACCUGGAACACAAGGGCCACAAGUACCAGCUCCACUUCAUCGCGUUCUGCUCGGAGCGCAGUGAUGCGGUGCCUAUCAUCAUGACCCAUGGCUGGCCAGGAAGCAUCAUCGAGUUCCUUCCUCUCCUGCGACACUUACAGAGCACCUACACCCCCUCGACGCUCCCAGCGCACAUCAUCGUGCCCUCGCUGAUCGGCUAUGGCUUCUCUGGCCCGCCCCCGCUCGACGCAACAUAUGGCAACGUUGACCAGGCGCUAUUGCAGGAUCAGCUGAUGCGCGGCCUGGGGUUCGACAAGUAUGUGGCUCAAGGAGGGGACAUUGGCGGAUUCGUGACUUUCAAGAUGGGCAAUGUGGGUAAGGGGUGUAAAGCUGUCCAUCUCAACUUCUGCCCCUCCGACCGACCGGAAGGUUUCCACGACUCCACUCUGGACGAGACGGAUCAAGCGCUCGUCAAGCGACAAGAGGAGACCGAGCGGGUGAACAUGUCGUAUCGGGACGAGCACGCGCUCAAGCCCGCUACGAUUGGCUUUGCUUGCGAUUCCGACCCGAUAGCUCUUCUAGCAUGGAUCGGCGAGAAGUUCCUCAUCUGGACAGACGACGAUCUCCCGAUCCCCACUAUUCUAGCCGAUGUAUCGCUAUACUGGUUCACCCAGUGCUUUUCCACGGCGAUGUGGCAUUAUCGGGCUUCGUACGGGCGGGAAGAGGACCGUAAUCCGGAUGAUCUGAUGACGGAGCUGCGGGAAGUACCUGUAGGCUACAGCCAAUUCCCGAAGGAGCUUUUCCCUAGUCCGGCUGUUUGGGUCAAGGAGAAGGUGGAUCUAGUCUGGCAUCGGCGGCACGAUAAGGGCGGGCACUUUGCAGCGCUUGAGGUACCCGACGUGCUCUGGAAGGACGUGAUGGACUUUGUCGGACAGGUAUGGAAGCCAUAG